AUGCCCUCUUUGAACGCUUCCAAUCAGUGUGGUCUCUGCAUCCCCCUCACUGCACUGGAUCUGUUUAUAUCUAUCUAUCUAUCUAUCUAUCUAUCUAUCUAUCUAUCUAUCUAUCUCAGUCUGUUUCUUUCUUUCUUUCUUUCUUUCUUUCUAUCUAUCUAUGCCAGUAAUGGAAAUGUAAAAGAAGACGAAACAUCUGAUCAUUUUUCUUUUUCUUUCUAUCUAUCUAUCUAUCUAUCUAUCUAUCUAUCUAUCUAUCUAUCAACACUAAAGAAGAAUCUAUCUGUUCAUAUCUAUCUAUCUAUCUAUCUAUCUAUCUAUCUAUCUAUCUAUCUAUCUAUCUGUUCAUAUCUGAAAAACAUAUCCACGCUCGCUCGAUCUAUCUAUCUAUCUAUCUAUCUAUCUAUCUAUCUAUCUAUCUCAAACAUUUCAUAUAAUCUAUCUAUCUAUCUAUCUAUCUAUUUAGCUAGCUAG